UAUCUCCACCGACAACUGGGUUCCUCCAUUUCUCGCCCAACGCUGGAGAACCAAACUCUCUUCCCAGUUGUGGCCGGGGGCUGGAGGCACCCCUGAAUUGUUAGGGAUAGUCUUCUGUCCACUCUGGGACAGGCAGGAAAUACCAACUGGAACCUGGCAAGGUUUUCAGGCCCUGGUGAUUUCCCCUUAGCGGCCAGGAGAAAGGGCAGAGGAAAUGCCACCCUCCAGGAAGCCCCUGUUUCCAGUUUCUGAGCUUUUAAAAGAAGCGCUGCCCAGAUCCUCUGCUGCGUUCAGGACUUCAGCGUGGACCAUGGGGGUUCUGGUGACUGUGGUGUCCUUCUUCUUCCUGGGUGCGCAGGCCCAGAAUGAGUGGACCUACUCAGGGCCCGGGCUGAUAGAGAGCAAUUGGCCGAAAGAGUACCCUGACUGCGGGGGGCAGAGGCAGUCGCCCAUCAAUCUGCAGACCAAGAAGGUGAAGUUCAACCGCUCCUUGAAGCCGCUGAUCCUGAAGGGCUAUGGGGAUGACAAUCUGGAGUUCUCCAUGACUAACAAUGGCCACACAGUGCAGCUCAACCUGCCUCCCACCAUGCAAGUGACAGACUCUGAGGGCACCGUGUACACAGCAAAACAGAUGCACUUGCACUGGGGCGGUGACUUCUUUGAGCUCAGUGGCUCUGAGCACACCGUGGAUGGGAUCAGGCGCGUGAUAGAGAUUCAUGUGGUUCACUUCAACUCCAAGUACGGGAGCUAUGACGAAGCCAAGAGUAAACCCGAUGGCCUGGCUGUGCUGGCGGUCUUCAUUGAGAUUGACGAGUAUGCUGAGAACACCUACUACAGCCCCAUCAUUUCUGAGUUGCUCAACAUCCAAUACCCAGGAGAAGCCACAACUCUGAUAAACGUGAGCAUUCAGGACUUGUUUCCUGGGGACACGCACUACUAUUACACCUACAAAGGCUCACUCACCACCCCUCCCUGCACAGAGAAUGUCAAGUGGUUCGUGUUUAAAGACUCUGUCAAGCUCUCUAAGACCCAGGUUUUGAAGAUCGAGAACACUAUUAAGAACCGCCAAAACGAGACCCUUCACAACAUCUACCGUCAGGUCCAGCCCCUCAACCACAGAGUAGUGGAAGCCAAUUUCCCCCACUUCCCUGAGAAGACCUAUGCUUCCCAUUUGCAUCAGAAAGAGGUUGAAGAGAAGUUCUCACAAUGGAAGAGAAAGCACAGUCAAUGAGCUGGAGUCCUCACAAUGGCCCUAUGGGUUCACCCCGCCUUGUCUCUAAGGAAUCCUGGAAUGUGAGUCUCUUAUUAACUCAGGGGGGUUAUCAACCAUAAAAGGAAGUGAGCUACAUCAGACGGAUGAGAAGGGAUGUGGGUGAGAUGUCACCGGUGGAAAACAGAUCUGGAUUGACAUGCAAGAGAAUCAAGCCUUCAACAACCUCCUGGAAAUCAUUUAUUUAAAUCUGGGGGCUGGGGAUACAGCUCAGUGACAGCGUGCCUGCUGAGACCCUGGGUUCGGUCCCCAGCACCUAAAAAGAGAAAAUCAUUUAUUUUGAUCCAACUUAUGAAUCAACCAAACUUUAGAAUUUAGAUUAAUAAAGUGAUUUUGGAAAUGUUCAUUUUUAAA